GUCUUAGUUGUUAUACGGAGCUGCAUGGGGUAUUUAACAGCGUGGUGUGCGUUCUCUGCAUACCGUUACCUGCCUCUAGGGGACGCAGCCGUGCUAGAGUAUACCGCCCCGAUUUACUCUGGGAUUCUCGCCUGUGUUAUACUGAAAGAACCGUAUGGCGUUGUGGAGAUUUGCUCUACGCUGGUUAUGUUGGCAGGUAUAGUGUUCAUAUCCAGGCCAAGCUUCCUCUGGGGAGAGUCAGACGCAGCUGAUCCGAUAGGUGUCACUCUGGCCAUAGCAACCGCCGUGACGUCAUCAAUUAACAUGCUUUUCGGGAGAAAACUGAAGCAUGUAGAUAGUCUUUUUAUUAUAGCAUCUGUAGGUCUCUUCAGCAGUAUUAUUUCAUGGAUAGUUGUUUUGUCAACAGAGGGCGUGUCAUUUCCGGUCACGUUGUUGGAGUGGUGUGCAGUCGUGCUGAAUGGUGUCAUGGCAUUCACCGCCGCGAUUUGCUGCCAGGUGGCGCUGAAGAUCGAGAAUGUCGUCAUCGUAAGUUUAGGGCGCACUUCUGAGCCAAUCUUCGUGUUCAUCUGGCAGGUGACAAUUCUUCAUGUCAUCCCAACAUGGCCGUCAAUAGUGGGAUCUCUCUUGAUUUUAUCGUGCAUUCUCGCUCUUAGUAUAAAGAAAUGUACGGGUGCUCAGGGAAACUGUGGUUUUGACAGCAGUCAGGACGCUGUAUCAGACGAUAAACAGGGGACUUCUUUUGAAGGCAGUAGGCCCAUAUUGAACAGCAAAGGAAUAACGCUAAACUUGAAGUCUUUUAAUUAUUUGAAAGAUUUAAUUCUGUAUCAUCCUCAACCAAAUGUGAACAUAGCACAAAAGAGAAAUAGGGUAGAAAACACGGCACUUUUAGAUAAAAAUUGAAAUUAUGAUUAAAACUGAUAUGACAUUUUUCUAGCCUAUUGUCUUUUAUUAUUAUUAUUAUCUUUUCAGUAGGUAGAAUUUGUUGUAUCAUAUUACA